CUCGGAAGUGCGGCGGCGGCUGUUGUCCCGGAGACCUGGCCGGGCGGCGGCAGGGGCGUGGGGCGUCGCCUGCCCCGGUGUCUGGCGCGGUCCGGAGAGGGCGCGGAACCGCCCGUUUAGGCCCGGCUGCGUCUGCCGUCCAGGCGCCCGGAGGGCUCUGUGGGGCCGCCCCAUCCAGGCCCCUUUGCCCACUGCCUUCCUGACGCCCCUCGGGACCUUGCGGACCCGCCCAGCCGUGAGGGAAGGGCGGGAUUGGUGCCGCGCGCCGGCACGCCGUCUGCAGGGGACCGGAGGGGCCACUUUAGCUGUGUCCCCAGCUCCUCUCCGAUUAACGGGAGCCAAAUUGAGGCUGCGGGGGACCCUCGACCUCUAAGAGCCAGGGAUGGGCUGGGCCCCCUCAGGACCUAAGUGCAAGGUUAACUAAGCCUCUGUCCUUUGCUGACUGUGUUGGAGAUGAGCUGCCAUGGGGAUGGGAAGCAGGGUUUGACCCUCAAAUUGGUGUCUACUACAUCGAUCACAUCAACAAAACCACGCAGAUAGAAGACCCAAGAAAACAAUGGCGAGGGGAACAGGAGAAAAUGCUCAAGGACUAUCUCUCAGUGGCUCAGGAUGCACUCAGGACCCAGAAGGAGCUGUACCAUGUGAAGGAGCAAAGACUGGCUUUGGCCCUAGAUGAAUAUGAACGAUUAAAUGAUGCCUAUAAGGAAAAGUCAAGUUCUCGCACAAGCCUAUUCUCAGGAUCUUCAUCCAGUACUAAGUAUGAUCCUGAUAUCUUAAAAGCCGAGAUCUCUACUACGCGAUUAAGGGUUAAAAAGCUGAAGAGAGAGCUUUCACAGAUGAAACAAGAACUGCUCUAUAAAGAACAAGGCUUUGAAACAUUGCAACAAAUUGAUAAAAAAAUGUCCGGAGGCCAGAGCGGGUAUGAACUUAGUGAAGCCAAAGCCAUUCUAACUGAACUGAAAUCUAUCAGGAAGGCAAUUAGCUCAGGAGAAAAAGAAAAACAAGAUCUGAUGCAGAGUCUUGCUAAGCUGCAGGAGCGGUUUCAUUUGGAUCAGAACAUUGGCAGAUCUGAGCCAGAUCUGAGAUCCAGUCCUGUGAAUUCUCAUUUGUCUCUUUCCAGACAGACCCUUGAUGCUGGGUCACAAACGAGCAUUUCUGGAGAUAUCGGAGUGAGAAGUAGAUCAAAUUUAGCUGAAAAGGUCAGGCUAAGCCUACAAUAUGAAGAAGCCAAGAGAAGUAUGGCCAAUUUAAAAAUAGAACUGUCAAAGCUGGACAGUGAGGCCUGGCCUGGAGCACUGGAUAUUGAGAAGGAGAAGCUGAUGCUGAUUAAUGAAAAAGAAGAGUUUUUGAAAGAGCUGCAGUUCAUCACUCCACAAAAACGCACACAAGAUGAAUUGGAACGCCUGGAAGCUGAAAGACAGAGGCUAGAGGAAGAGCUGUUGUCUGUGCGAGGUACACCUAGCCAGGCUCUGACCCAGAGAUUGAAAUUAGAAGAGAGAAGAAAAGAGCUGCUACAGAAACUUGAAGAAACUACUAAAUUAGCAACUUAUUUGCAUUCACAACUUAAAAGCCUCUCCACCAGCACGCUGUCCAUGUCGUCGGGGAGCAGCCUGGGUUCCCUGGCGUCCAGUCGGGGCUCUCUGAACACCUCCAGCAGAGGCUCACUCAACUCCCUCAGUUCCAGUGAGCUCUACUACAGCAGUCAGGGCGAACACAUAGAUGUGGACUAUCAGUAUAAACUGGACUUCCUUCUGCAGGAGAAGGGCGGUUAUGUUCCCGCAGGACCUAUCACCACCAUCCAUGAGAAUGAAGUGGUCAAAUCUCCCAGUCAGCCAGUUCAGAGUGGACUCUGUGGAGCACCAGUUGCAGCAACCAGCCACACAUCCACCUUGAUUGAGGCCCCCAAGUCGGUGACAUCCCUGUCCUCGAGAUCUUCCCUUUCUUCUUUGUCCCCUCCUAGCUCCCCUUUGGUCUUGGAAGCCACAUUUUCCAUGUCUUCUCAUGAGGCCUCUCUCCAUCAGUUCACUUCUGACUUUGAAGACUGCGAAUUAAGCAGCCAUUUUGCAGAUACCAGCCUUGGUGAAAAUCAGAUAUUGCUGGAUUCAGAUUCAGGAGAGAUAUCUCAGUCUCUUUUACAGGAUAAAGACCAUAAUGACUGUGCUAGGGACCCAUUAUUUGAAGGAACUCCAGAUGUGGAAAAGUCAUUACCUAAAAGAAGAGUAAUCCAUUUGCCUGGAGAGAAAACUGCAUGUGUGUCUGCUGCUGUGUCUGAUGAGUCUGUAGCUGGAGACAGUGGGGUCUAUGAAGCCUCCAUGAAACAGCCUAAUGAAAUGGAAGAUGCUCCAUAUAGCGAAGAGGAUGCAGCCGAAGUGGAGACUGCCCAGGUGCAAAUAGGACUCAGAUAUGAUGCAAAAAGUUCAAGUUUCAUGGUGAUUAUAGUACAACUCCGAAAUCUGCAUGCCUUCUUGAUACCUCAUACUUCAAAAGUGUAUUUUAGGGUUGCUGUUCUUCCUUCCUCAACUGAUGUUAGCUGUUUAUUUCGAACAAAAGUCCAUCCACCCACAGAAUUUGUGUUGCUCAAUGAUGUGUUCAGAAUGGCCAUUUCCCAAACAGCCUUGCAGCAAAAGACACUGAGAGUUGAUCUUUGCUCUGUCAGUAAACACCACAGGGAAGAAUGCCUGGCUGGAACUCAGAUCAGCCUGGCAGAUUUACCGUUUUCCCAAGAGAUUUUCACUCUGUGGUAUAAUUUGCUCCCUUCCAAGCAAAUGCCUUGCAAAAAGAAUGAAGAAGAAAGUGAGGACUCUGUAUUUCAAUCAAACCAGCCAUUAGUAGAUUCUGUAGAUUUGGAUGCAGUGUCAGCCUUGCUUGCAAGAACGUCAGCUGAGCUGUUAGCUGUGGAACAAGAAUUAGCACAAGAAGAGGAGGAACCGGGGCCUAUAGUGGAGCAUCAUGGUGCAGAAGGAGACUGGCUAACACUGCUGGGAGAGACCUCUGAUGAAAUUGUGGCUGAAAAAGGGGCCGAAGUUAAGUUGGCAGAAGACGGUAGCUGUACAGAGGACUUAAAUUCAUGCGCCAGCUUGCCCGAGAUGCACGAAGACAGGUGUAGGAAAGACAAGGAGUGUGCCAGAAACCAUACAAGAGAGCUGCCUUCUGGAAAAACUGCCCUGGUUGACAAAGAGACAAAUACUGAUGAAGCAGUUAGUGACAGUGUGACAGUUCGCCCAAAAGAUCGCAGCAGUCUGAGCUCUCGACAGCAUCCAUUCGUGAGGAGCAGCGUGAUAGUGCGCUCCCAAACGUUUUCUCCAGGAGAGCGGAGCCAGUACAUCUGCAGGUUAAAUCGGAGUGACAGUGACAGUUCAACUUUGGCUAAAAAAUCACUGUUUGUGAGAAACUCCACUGAACGGCGCAGUUUGCGGGUCAAAAGGACGGUGUGCCAGCCAGUCCUCAGAAGGACAGCCCAAGAAUGCCCAGUGCGCACAUCUCUAGACUUAGAACUGGACCUUCAGGCCUCUUUAACCCACCAGAGCCGCCUCAAUGAUGAGCUGCAGGCCCUGAGGGGCUUGCGGCAAAAGCUGGAGGAGCUGAAAGCUCAGGGAGAGACUGACCUUCCCCCUGGUGUGCUAGAAGAUGAGAGAUUCCAGAAGCUUCUGAAACAAGCGGAGAAGCAGGCUGAACAGACAAAAGAAGAGCAGAAGCAAGACUUGAAUGCCGAGAAGUUGAUGAGGCAGGUCUCCAAGGACGUGUGCCGGCUCCGGGAGCAGAGCCGAAAGGUGCCUCAGCAGGUGCAGUCCUUCAGGGAGAAGAUUGCCUACUUCACCCGAGCGAAGAUCAGCAUCCCUUCUCUACCGGCUGACGACGUGUGACCCCACAGUGGACACAUUGCUUCCACCUGUUCACAUUCGUAGGGAGGGCAGUAGACUGACCAUUUGCUUUGUUUUUGUUUUAUUUUGUUUUUUGUAACAUAAUUGUCAGCUCUUAAAGAACUUUAUUUCACACCAGAUUUUUAACCAGAUGUCAGUUUGUAAAAGUACCUACCUUUUGUGUAAUAUCCUGUAUGUUUAAAGAAGAAAAUUAGAUAUCAAAAAUGGGAUAAGCUGGUACACCAAGUGUGUGUGUGGAGGGGGUGUGCGUGCGCGUGUGUGUGCUGCCAGUGGCCCUUACUGCAUACAGUGGAUUGAGGCAGCACUGGUGUUUGGGAGUUUCGUGGUUGAGCUGGGCUCAGCAGAAGGUGGUCUUGGCUUUCUCUUUGUUUUCUGUGAGCAGACUGUGAAGGGCUCAACGUUGUGUAGUGUUUCUGAAGUAAAAGCAGUUCUUUCCUUGGAAGGUGAACCUGGUGCAGGUGUGAGUGCACAGCUCCAAGGCCGCCUGAAAUGGUGCUCUGUUCGUUCCUGUUACCUUUGUUAGGAUACCUUUUUUCUUAAAAUAGUUUUUUAGAGAAAGCAAAGUAAAAAAUGCUGAGUACAACAGUGUAAGAACACAAAAGAGCAGUGCCCCUGACUACACAAUGGAGCUUAUAACUCUUAGCAUUGAGGGUGAGGACAGAGUGAGAAUACAGUUGUCUUAAGACACACUCAGCAAAUGCAUCAACCAAGCGGCUCCUGCUGCUUUUUUUUUUUUUUUUUUUUUUUUUUUUUUUUUUUUUUGAGACAGGGUCUCACUAUGCAGUUCAGGUUGGCCAUGCUGUACCCCAGGCUGGUAUCAAACUCACAGCAGUCCUCCUGCCUUAGCCUCUCGAGUGCUGGGAUUGUAGGCAUGUGCCACCACACCCAGCUCAACUGCUGCUUCUAACCUGACCAGAAUUUGCAAGAGUUUUCAGGUGAGUUUCUGGCCUUCACCAGGGUUUCCUCUUCCUGGGUCUGAGGGUGAUGCCAAGGAGAAGCAUGUGCCACCCUGGGCUCUGAGUACAGACAGUUCUAGUGAUGCAGAGGGAAAUAUAACCACAUGCAUUGGCGAUGCCAAGAACAGAGGAAAGGCUGCAUCUUAAGUGAUUCAAAGUUGCCAAAAGAAAAAAAAAGUUUAUCUAACAGUCUUCUGACAUCUACUAGAAAUUAUGUUGCAGCUCUCAGUUUAAGGGGAUUCUAUCUAUAAUUGAUGUUAAAUCAUUGGGAAGCAAAGGAAAGAGUGUGUCUGGGAGUAUUGUUAAUUUGGAAUAAUAGGAUAAUCAUUUACUUAAGAAGAAGAAAAGAAAAAACUGUCCUGGAUGAAUGAAUUCAAAGAUAACUGACAAAAGUGUUAGGUCCUACAAUUUAAAAUUUUAGCAUAUCCAAUGUGGGCACCUCUUUAAAAAGUUAAUUCCUAAGUAUAGCUUUGCCAGCAUAAGUACUGUUUUUAAAAUACUUAAAAUUUAGGCCAUUUAAACCGUUAUUAGUGCAGUGUACUGGAAAGUGUAGUUUUGAGUUAGCCAUCUUAUAUAGCAAACUAAAUCAGUUCCUUUAGAGAUAAAUUAUCUUAAAAGGAUGAAUCCCUUAAAGAAUAAAACGCUCUUCCUUUUGCUUGAAGCCUCAUUUGCAAUAAUUUUUAUUUUCUUAAAACUACUUAUACAUAAUUAGAAAUUUAUUUUCUCAGAAGAGGAGUUCAAAUUAAGCAGUUUCUGAGCCUAUAGUUUCAAUUUUUUUCUAAAUGUUUUACCAUAACAUGCAAAUUUCUUUGAAAACAUAACUGGACGUGACCCUGCUUUGAACAAAAGUCAGCCUAGUGAUCGAUUGAAUCUAGUCCUUCACAGCUGCCCAGUUUGUUCUGUUGGAUGACUAAGGAAAACUAGAAAAAGAAUACCAUUCUUCCUUGUUGAGAUUAAAUGUGAAAGACAAGUUUAUUUAAUGUAGAGUUAAAUGAAGGUCAGCUGUUUUCAGCUUCUUAGUCUAUAAACAUGAAAAUGUUUAUAGAUUUGUGUGUGAUUCUACCGUACAAUUUUAUUUUCUUCAUUUAUUUAUUUACAGUCUUAUUUAUGUUCUGUUAAUAUAUAGUUUGUUUCUGGCCAUUUUAAAUGUUUGACAUAGAAGAAGUUAUAUUGGAGUAUUUACAACUUUAUAAAUCUUCAUGAGAUUAACUGUUAACUUUUUGUAAUACAAAAAGUUUCAGAUGAGUAUUAAAGAAAAAAAUCUGUCUCUGUCUGGUAGUUAACAAUUGUGACCAAGAAGCUUUGGGUUUUAUUUUAUAAAAUUUUCUCAUUUCUAACAUGAAAGGCAAAUUUAUUUUGAUACUUUAUUACUUAUUUCCACACUUUAAAAAUCAGCAAUAGUGUUAUUUAUAGGCAGUUUUAAUAACCCAUCAUAUUUAUACUAACCCAAAUGAUUCACAGUGAUGAGACAUUUUACUAACUUGAUCACAAAAUUACGUGGACAAAUAUGAAUUUUAAUAUUAUAAAUACUAUUUUGAAGAGGUAGAAUUUAUUCUGCACAGGGUAAAAAGAAUGUAAUAAUUAGUUCUCAACUUUGAAUUAUCAGUAUGUUAUUACAGUUUUGUAUAUCAGAAUCUUAAGUAUUACAGGUACAAAAAGAAUAUUACUAGCCAAAUGAACAAAGUUUAGUUGAAUCUCUGUACCAUGCAAAUUAAAAAAAUUUAGAAUCUUUUUUGUGUUAUGACUUUGUAUUGUAUUAAAUAUCAAAAGCUCAGGACUGAACUAAAUAUUUAAUCAGGUUAAAUUCUGUGUUUCUGUUUUAAUUUGUCUUGUUUGUAAAAGUAGGCAAUUAUACAUCACAUAGAUUAAGUUUCUGCACUUUCCAUGUGUUUGUAGAUGGAACAAAAAACUAAAUGGCUUUUUUAAAAACAAAGAUACAUAUUGCCUAAUACUUUAUUUCAGUGUUGCUUAUUGUUUAGUUAAUUUCCUUUGUUGACACAAGCACAAAAGUUUGUUUGAACCAUGUACCAAGCAAAUAUAAAGCGUUCCACGAAGAGUUCCUCAAGCCAGAAGUUUGUCAUGAAUCCUUCUUGUUCAGAUUAUAUAUAUUGCCGAUAAAAAGAUGAAGUAUUUUCAUUGUGCAAGGGAGAUGAAGGGCUCCCGUGUGAAGACCUGCUGUUGUGCCACCUAAGCUGGUAGUGCUUUGGGAAGAGGUGGCUGUCCUUAAGAGGCCCUCUGCCCACUGUACCAUCCUGGACUUAACAUGCCCCCUGGGGUUGCUCAGAGCCAGGGGGACAGGCAGGAAGGUUGGCCGUGAACUGCUGAGCACAGGACACAGAAGCACAUCUAUAUGGCAAAUUCUACAUGAUUCUAAAACAUGAAAUUUUCCUUCUCUGUUUAAAGGCUGUGAAUGUGGUUCUGUGGAGGCACUGAGGCCUCUAAUUGAGAUAAUUUGCUCCUUGUCUCACAGUGCUAAUGCCUUUGAUGAACCAGCAGUUGUGUUUAGUGUACUCAAGUGUCAUCAUUUCAAAUAAAUAUGCAGCGCGACAUUACUCUGAUUAUAGUCAGUUGUCUUAACUAGCUGAAAAAAGCAAAUGAUUAGGAGAACGUCUCUGAUUGCUAGGAUGAUUCAUUUCCACAUGAAUAAUUGCUUCAAAGAUAUAUAAGUACUAAUAUAAUGUUUUAUUUGCCAGUUCUGUGCAAUCACUGUCUAUUUUAAAAUGAAAAAAAAAUAAAAAAAUAAAAAACCA